AUGUACAGAACCAUCACUUCCCUGGCUCUCAUUACUCUCGCUUCGGCGGCAUCUGAUCUGUGUAUGCAGAUGUGUACCGACCUCGGCAGUCAGACUGCAUGUGCUGGAUCCGGCAAGGGCUCUUACUGCAAGCACUGGCAACAUGAGCCAGUCUGCCAAGGCUUCAUUCGCAGGAAGGACAACAGCUUGUGCUUCCGCACUGGUGGUCCUGAUGAUGUUAAGUGUGUGG